AGGGUAAAGGUAGAAACAUGUAAACAAAAACAUACCUCAGUUUACCUGUGCAAUAUUUCACGGUCAUUGUUCUGCACUGUUAUUGACUUUUUAUCUGUUGAUAACGCAAUAUAAUUUCGCAAUUUGUGGAUAUUUGGAAAUACUCAGGUUGAAGAUAUCUGGAAAAUGACACAGUCAGGCAACGAAGAUUUAGAAGCUUUACGGGAAACUUUUGACAUCUUUGACAAGAACAAAAAUGGCAGCAUUUGUGCAACAGAACUUGGUACAUUGUUGAGAGCAGUCGGUGAGAAUCCAACACAAAGAGAAAUCGAAUACUUCAUAAAGUCAUGUGAUAAAAACAAAAAUAAUGUUAUAGAAUUUGAAGACUUUGUGGCGUUAAUGGAAAUAAUAAGACGAGAUGCGACCCGGAAAGAGGAUCAAGAAGAAACUUUAAAGAGAGCAUUUAAAAUAUUUGACAAAGACGGAAAUGGGAUGAUAGAUGUGAAAGAACUUGAGAGGGUCACUACACAGUUAGGGGAAACACUCAGCGAAGAGGAGUUAGCACAAAUGUUUAAGAUAGCAGAUGCUAACAAAGAUGGCAAAAUUGAUUAUAAAGAAUUCACUAAAUAUAUAACGAAGCCAAUUAGUAAACAGCCAAUGGGUCAUUCAAAGAAAAAUCACCACACACAUAAAAAUAAGACAUAAACCUACAGUUAUAUGGACUACCUCCAUUCAAAGAAUCUAGAGACUAUUUGAUAGAGAAUUAAUAAUAGACAGUUUUCAGGAACAGACAAUUAUGUUAUAGUAUGAUAUUUAUGAAAAUAGUGUAUUAAUCUGCGCUUUCAUAAUCUUGAGAAGCAUAUGGGUCAUUUAAUUUCAUUUAGAUAAGAACUGAACAUACGGCUUAAUUAUUGGAAAAUGUACAUUAUGAUCAUGAAAUAUUUGCACAUAGCCGUUUCUUUUACUUUGAUUGUCGAUUAAAUGUUGUUAGAUUAUUUUUAUACAGCAAAGGGAGUCUCAUCUCAUCUGGAUGUUUAGGUAAACGUUGUCCCUAGCAUCCUCUGAUCUACUUAUUCUAAGGUGUAAUUUAUAAGAAAUGUAAUUUUUUCCCGAUUUUCCAGGUAAAACAUACGAGAUACAUAUUUACAAAAUAUUAUUGCAUUUCAUAUUAAAAAAGGUAGAAAUAUUUCAAAAUACGUCUGUAGUACGACAAAAUGAUAAUGUUAUUUGAGAAUUGGUAUAUUAUGAUUUUUUUAAUAUAUGUUCUGUAACAACAGAUUGAAAUUUUUGUUAAUAUUGUAGUUUACAUGACCGCUAUGUUACAUAACAAAGUACCCAUAGUUUUGUCGUGUGCGUCAUACAAUUCUUCGGUUUUAAAUCUAAUGCAUUGUGGGUAAUAUUUUCAAAAACGUAUACAAAAACAAUGGGCUUGAAUGACGACGUCAUAAUAGAAAUUCAACCAAUGAAGUGACGUUAUUCUCAUUUAUGUGAUACGAACAAUGGAAUUACCUAUAGUCUUUAGAUUCUAUUUCGGUGAAUUGACUAAUUAAUGCCCACAGUAUUUUUGAUUCUGAAUUAAUUACAAAUGUAGGUAGUACUUUUACCUUGUUAUAUACUGUGUAAAGAUUUGUUGUCUUUAUAGAUGUACAUUUAUUGAUGUUCUUUAAUUAAGAUAUAUAUACAAUAUCUGUACAUUGAUGGAAAAUAUAAAAUUUAUUAGAAGAGCUUUAGAAACAGUCUAGCCGAGGUUUUUUCCUUUUUCGUAACGAGUACAAAUAAUUUUUAUAUUUCCAACAAUGUACAUAUUAAAAAAAAACUGUUUACUUGUUUAAUUCCAAAAUGUUGUCUUUGAAUUUAAUUAAAAUCGACAUCUUAAGUUUGGACCGCUAAAGGGACCUAUAAAAAAAAGAAGUCACGUAAAAAUUAAUUUUAAUAUUACUGUGCGCUCCAGUUGGAAGCAGGGUAAGAUGGUACUGUUUUUAACAAGGAAAAAUGACGCAAAACAUAUUUGUAUACUUGUUAUUUGUACAAUAGUAGGCUGAUUGCAGGAUAAAUACUGAAACUAUUCUCUACAGCGGUAACAGGUAUUUCAUGAAUUUAUCAGAUAAAUAUACAGGUCUUAGCCGGGUUAUCCCCAUGUAUUUUCUAAAUUCAAAUAAGCAUAAAAUAAGAAACGAUCAUCAGGUUUUCUGUAUAUUGAUACUGAAAAAUAUCAGCUGCUAGUCACUACAUGAAACUUCUUUGUCGAGUGAGCACAGCAAACGACUUAAAAUAGGGUUAUUGUGUCAAGCAGCCGAUACCGUUACGAUAAAAAUCUGAUAAUCGAUUAAUCGGAUUGUAUUUGUGUGUUUAGAAAACCAAAUGAAAAUAAUACUUUAUAAAUUUGGUGCAUCUGAACUUUCCUGAAUUAAACUUCUUCGUUGUCAUAUUUCUAAUAAAGAGAUGAUUGAUUCUAUAAUAUUUACAUCGCCUUUUUGCGAUAAGGUGGCGUAAAAGCAACAUUAAUCAAUCAUGAUUACAUUUUGUCCCUAUCAUCUACAAUCCAAACAUUAUUGGAACUUUUUCAAGAAUUGGUUUAACAAUCGACACUGCCUAAAUAUAGAUUUGUUUGAAUUAAUCUCGAAUUGGAAUCUUAUUGUUUAUCUUUGCAAUCUUAUAUGGUCGAUGAAAGACUAACAAACUUGUGUCAUACAUAAUAAGAAAUCUGUUUCCCUGUAAUAGACAAUUUCUUUUAAUUAAAGUUAAUGAUUUUUAUAAUAGUUUUUUACUACUAUUUUAUUUAUAACAAUAAUUUUAAUGUAGUUUCCAAUUAACAUAAUUAUGAAAAAUAUUUUAAACCCGUACCAACAUGAUAUUGAUAUUACACGUAAAAAGCCUUCUGAAAGCUUGUUGCUUUGUUUGAAAUUUCCUUUUGGUAUUUUACUUGUUGAGGCAAUGAUACUCCGAAGUUUUAUUUAGAUUCGCAAGCGCCUUGUUAAAUUAUAGCUUACGGACAAUACAAUCAUAAUGUUUUAGAGUAGAUAUCUUGCCUUAUAUAUUGACCGUAUUCGGAUUCUUACGGAUUUUUUUUCUAGUUUUAUUCGGAAAACAGUAACAAUUUAAUAUGAUCUCGAUAUAUACUGCACAUAUGUGAAUUAUUACACAAUUUCAAGAUAUUUGACACAAUCUAAAGAUCUUUAUUUCAAUACAUCCCCGUGAAAUAUGACUGACAGACUUGCAGAAUAAUUUUAUUGUUAUGGUGUCCGUCCAUAUUGAUGUUGUUUAUUUUUUUAUAUUGUAACUAAUUCUAGUAUGAAUAAAUAUAGUUUAUAUUUUA